AUGGCUGGUUCGAAGGCAUUACCGAAUGUCAAGGUCCCUCCAAAGGACGAGGAAGAACUCUUGCUCGAAAAAUUGGUGUUUGGAGACUCUGAAGGAUUUGAAUCCAACUUGAAAAAGAUUGAUAACUUAUACGAUUUUUCAGAUGAUGAGGAUAACGACAAUGCUAGUAGUUUAAGCGACAGUGACGACGAGGGCAGUGAUCUCGAUGGGGUCCAAGACGAAGACUUGUUCUUCAUAGAUGACAAUGGAGAUAAUGGAGAAGAUGCCAUGGAGAUAGACGGACAUGACCAAAGCAACGAUAGUGACAGUGAUGAAGACGACAAUGAAGAUGAAGAUGAAGAUGCCUGGAUUGACAGCGACGACGAAAAGGUCACAAUCUCCUUACUAUCGUCCGAUAGGAUCCGUAAACUCAGAAAGACUGAGGCUGAUUCGAUAAUAAGCGGUAACACAUACUCAAAAAGAAUAAGGUCACAGUUUGAAAAGAUCUACCCUAGACCCGAGUGGAUCACCAAGCUCGAGGAGAGGCUUGAAGCCGGAGAGAACGAUGAAGACGAUAAUGAAGAUUUGGAAGAAGCAGAUGGAGAUUCAGCACCAGAGCCAACUGAUUCGAACGCCAUCUUAAACCUCCUCUCAACCUCCGCUUCAUUCAUAAUAACCAAACAGUUGAAAUUAAUUGCACCCAAUAGAAUAUCCAUAACCCGUCUUCAGAAUGCCAACCAUGUCAAGCCAUCGAAGGGUGCCAUCCAGACAUUAUCCUUCCAUCACUCUCAUCCAUUAUUGAUGACCGGCGGGUUCGAUAGAACGUUGAGAAUCUACCAUAUCGAUGGUAAGACGAAUAACUUGGUGACGAGUUUGCAUUUAAGAAACUCUCCAAUCACGUCGCUGUCAUUCUCGCCUCUCUCGGCUAAUUCCAAUUUAAUCUUCGCCGGUGGUAGAAGAAGAUACAUGAAUAAGUGGGACUUGAACUCAGGUGAAGUAGAGAAGAUCUCUCGUAUGUACGGGCAUGAACAAACACAAAAGUCCUUUGAGUACUUCAAGAUAUCGCCAAAGGGUAACUACAUUGGAUUAACUGGUAACAGUGGGUGGUGUAACAUAUUGAACGGUGUCACCGGACAAUGGAUUCGUGGGUUCAAGAUAGAGGGAACAAUAAUUGACUUCGAAUUUGGAUUUGAUGAGUCCUUCAUUAUCAUUGUAAAUACAGCAGGUGAAGUGUGGGAGUUCGAAUUGAACUCCAAGUCGAAAACAAAAAAGGUGGAUAACGGUGUGAUAAUCAACAAAUGGCAAGACGAUGCCGGAGUUGGAAUCACUAAGAUCAAGCUUGGCGGACCUAAAAACAGAUGGCUCGCCAUUGGUACCAGCAACGGUAUAGUUAAUAUCUACGACCGCAACAGUAACAACUUGAAGCCGUUCAAGUGUGUCGAAAAUUUGGUUACGUCCAUUUCAUCGCUUGCAUUUUCACCAGACGGGCAAAUCUUGGCUAUAGCCUCAAGGGCCAAGAAAGAUGCCUUUAGGUUGGUGCAUUUACCAUCUGGAACUGUAUAUUCUAACUGGCCAACAUCAGGAACUCCAUUAGGAAGAGUGACGGCUGUUUCAUUUUCACCAAACAACGAAAUGUUGGCAAUUGGUAAUGAGGGAGGGAAAGUCACGUUGUGGAGACUUAACCACUAUUAA